AUGGAUCUCAUUACUCGACAGUCCCCAGCUGCUCAGCAGAGCAGCAAACACCUCGAAGUGAAAUCUGAUGUCUACGAACUCAACUCAGAGCACGAGCAACCUGUCUACACAACCAAGCGUGGCCUGAAGUCCCGUCAUGUCCAGUUCAUUGCUCUGGCUGGAGCUAUUGGUACAGGUCUCUUUGUCGGUAGUGGUUCCACGCUUGCCACGUGCGGCCCAGCCAGCCUUCUGAUCGGCUUUCUCAUUCUGGCUAUCUUUGUUUGGUCCAUCAUGAACCAGCUUGGAGAAAUGGUUAGCUUCAUUCCUGCUCCCGGAAAAUCUACACUAUAUGCACUCUGCGAUCGCUACACAGGAAACAGGAGCAUGUCUUUCACAUGCGGCAUGAACUUGGUCUAUGCUCUCUGUAUCUUAACCCCGGCCGAGAUCUCGGCUGCUGCUUUCGUGAUUGAGUACUGGUCGGACCUGAACGUGGCAAUCUGGAUUGCGAUCCUGUGGUCCUCUAUCGUCGCAAUCAACCUGCUGGCUGUCAAGUUUUUUGGAGAAACAGAGUUCUGGAUCGCGUCCAUCAAGCUUAUCACUAUCACGGGCCUGAUCAUCCUCGGAUUUGCUAUUUUCUGGGGUGCAGGCCCCGCCAGACACGGCAUUCUUGGUUUCCACUACUGGAAGCAUCCAGGAGCAUUUGUCGAGCAUCUGGUCUCAGGAAACACAGGAAAGUUCCUUGCGUGCUGGACCGCCAUCAUCAAGUCCGCUUUCGCGUUUGUGCUUUCGCCGGAAAUCAUCACUUCGGCCGCCGCAGAGGCUGAGGCCCCAAGGAAAAAUCUUCCAAAGGCUACCAGACGCUUCAUUUACCGUCUGAUGAUUUUCUACAUCGGAGGUGUGCUGGCCAUCGGCGUCAUCGUGGGCUACAAUGAUCCAAGACUCAUGAACGCCCUCAGCACUGGCGCCACAGGAGCUGCCGCCUCGCCUUUUGUCAUUGGAAUCCAGAACGCAGGCAUCAAGUACCUCAACCACAUCGUUAAUGCUGCUAUUCUGACCUCGGCUUAUUCAGCAGGAAACUCAUUCCUCUACGCAAGCACCAGAACACUCUAUUCCAUGUCUCUCUCAGGUAUUGUCCCGAAAUGCUUUUCGAAGUGUACUCGCUACGGUGUGCCAAUCUACUGUGUGGUCUUCUGCUCUGCCAUUGCUUUGCUUUCCUUCCUCAACGUUUCCAACUCGUCUACCACAGUAUUCAACUGGCUCUCCAACAUCUCAACAGUCUCCGGAUUCGUUUCGUGGAUUUUUGUCUCCAUCACCUACCUACGCUACCGGAAAGCCAUUGCCUACCACGAACUGGACUCUCGUGUCACCUUCAGACCAAAGUACCAGAUUUUUGGAGCUUACGCUUGUCUCGUCUUCUUUACAGUGAUUGCUCUCACGAACGGUUACGCUGUGUUCUUCAACUGGAAGACGUCCGACUUCUUUGCGGCCUACAUCACUCUUCCUAUCGUCGCUGUUCUCUAUGUCGGCCACAUGCUGUGGACCCGGAAUUUCCGUCUCUUUGCACCUCCAGAGCAAAUUGACUGUUUUACAGGCCUCGAGGAUAUCGAGAGAGAAGCUGCGAAGUACGAGCCUCCCGUUCCUCGGAAUCUUAUCGAGAGAUUCUGGUUCUGGCUCACGUGA